AUGGCGACUGUGGAGGGCCUUCUCUCUCAGAGCAAGGUGGUGAUCUUCACCAUGGCAACCUGCUCCCGCUCCACACAGGGCGUCCCUUACUUGGCUGUGGACCUUGAUCAAAGAGGGGACGGACAGGAGAUUCAGCGGGGUUUGCAGCGGCUCGCCCAGCAGAGAGACGUCCCGUUUGUGUUUGUUGAUGGGAGGCUCAUUGGAGGCCUGGAGAAGAUCCAGCAGGCUCACAGAGACAGGACGCUGGACAAGCUGCUCAGCAUGGGCCAGGAGACGUACGACUAUGACCUGGUGGUCAUCGGCGGGGAGCCUGGUGGACUCGCAGUGGCCAAGGAAGCUGCUGCCUAUGGCAAGAGGGUGCUGGUUUUAGACCCUGUGGCUCCUGCUCCCGCAGGAACAACAUGGGGUCUGGGAGGUUCCAGGGGUCACGUGACCUGCGCCUCCAGGAAGCUGAUGCAGCAGGCGGCUCUCCUGGGUCAGGCGGUGCGGGACUCCGGGAAGUUCGGGUGGGAGCGCGAAGAGCGGGUGUCGCACAACUGGAGUGACAUGACAGAGACGCUGAAGAGGCGUUUAGGAUCCCUUAGGGAGAGCCGGGACCUGAGGGAUGACAGGGUGUCCUACCUGAACACCUCUGGGGAGCUGGUGGGACCACACACGGUCAAGGUGACGGACACCAAAGGCAAAGAGACGUGUCACUCGGCCGCCGCGUUUGUCAUUGCCACCGGAGGGAGACCCAGAUAUCCAGGGAUACCAGGGGACCGAGAGUACUGCGUAACCGGCGAAGACCUCCUCCAGCUGCCCCGCUGCCCCGGCCGGACGCUAGUGGUGGGCGGUUCUGGGGCGGGGCUGGAGUGCGCUGGCUUCCUGUGCGACCUGGGCUUGGAGGUGACUGUCAUGGUGCGCUCCGUCCUGCUGCCGGGCCUCGACCGCAAGAUGGCCCAGAAGAUCGAGAACCACAUGUUCGUCCACGGGGUCAGCUUCUUACAUCGCUUCGCCCCCACCAAGGUGGAGCAGGUCCAGGAGGGCGGUUCUGCGAGGCUCAGAGUGACGGCUGUGUCUGCUGACGGGACAGAGACGUACGAGGGAGAGUUUGACACCGUUCUGCUUGCUAUAGGGAGGGAUGCCUGUACACACAACAUCGGCCUGGACUGUGUGGGUGUGAGAUACAACCUGAAGUCUGGGAAGAUCCCAGUGGAUGAGGAGGACCGGACCAACGUACGACACGUCUUUGCUCUCGGUGAGGCCCAGGAGGGCCGGUGGGGGCUCAGGCCGGCGGCUGUCCAGGCGGGACGGCUGCUGGCCCGCAGGCUGUACGCGGGACACAGCACCAAGUGUGACUACACCAACGUGCCAGUCACAGUCUUCACCCCUAUGGAGUAUGCCGCCUGCGGGCUUUCAGAGGAGAGCGCUAACCACAAGUACGGAGAGGACAACAUUGAGGUGUACCACUCUUACUACUGGCCGCUGGAGUGGACGCUGCCAGCCAGGGACAAGAACUCCUGCUACGCAAAGGUCAUCUGUCACAUCCCAGACAGUGAGCGAGUGGUGGGGGUCCACGUCAUGGGCCCCAACGCCGGGGAGGUCAUACAGGGCUUCGCUGUGGCGGUGAGGUGCGGACUGACCAAGGAUCAGCUGGACGCCACCAUCGGGAUCCACCCGGUGUGCGCUGAGGUGUUAACCACACUGACUGUAACCCAGCGUUCCAGCGAUGCCCUGGCUGUCCGGGGGAACUGCUGA